AUGUACUGGAUUCAAUGUGUUGAAAAUGGUCCUCGUCGUGUUAAUCAUGCUGCAGGUGCAUUAGAUAAUUUAAUUUAUUCAUUUGGUGGUUAUUCAAAUUCUGAAGAUUAUACACGAACAACUCCAAUUGAUAUUCAUGUAUUUAAUAUUUAUACAUUAAAAUGGUAUUCAUUAUCAAAACCUAAAAAAACUGAUUUAAAAUAUGAUGAUGCACCAUUUUCACGAUAUGGACAUACAGUUGUUGUUUAUAAACGUAAAUUUUAUUUAUGGGGUGGACGAAAUGAUCAUCCAGGUGCAUGUAAUCGUUUGUUUUGUUUUGAUCCUGAAACUCUUCAAUGGUCGCGUGUAUGUAUUAUGGGUGAUUUUAUUCCAACAGCUCGUGAUGGUCAUUCAGCAUGUGUUAUUAAUGAUCGAAUGUAUAUAUUUGCUGGAUUUGAAGAUCAUAGUCAACAAUUUUGCAAUGAUCUAUUUUAUUUUGAUUUUAACAAAUCAUCUUGGCAUAUAUGUCUUCCAAAAGAUAUAGAUCAAGUUCCUCAAUGUCGAGAUUUUCAUUCAGCAACAAAUAUUGAUAAUCGAAUGUAUAUAUUUGGUGGAAGAUUUGAUCAAAUUGGACCACAACAAAUACUACAAAAUUUUUAUGAUAAUCAUCUUCAUAUUUUUAAUCCAAAUGAUAAUUCAUGGUUAGAUCUUACACCUCAAGGACAAAUACUAUAUGGAAGAAGAUCACAUUCUGCAUUUACUCAUAAUGGAAAAUUGUAUAUAUUUGGUGGAUAUAAUAAUGUAAUAGAUACACAUUUUAAUGAUUUACAUGAAUUUAAUCCUUUAACAUCGUUAUGGCGUCGAAUAAAACCUCAUGGUAUUAUAAAUCCAGUUCCUCGUCGUCGACAAUGUUGUCUUGUAAUUGAUCAUAGAAUGUAUAUGUUUGGUGGAACAAGUCCAGUAUCUUUAACUAAUUUACAUGACAUGGAAGAUACAAAUGGAAUUCGAACAGGUCUUUAUGAUCAAAGUGAUCUAUAUGUUUUUGAUUUUGCUCCGACCUUGAAAACAUUAUGUUUACUUUUUCUUGCACAGCGAAGAAUUAGUAUAAAUAAUCUUUCAAAAACAUUUCAUCAGGAAUAUAAACUUUUUACUCAAUCAACCAUCCUUCGACAACGAUCAACAGGAGAAACUAGUGGAUAA